CCCUCCCUGUCCUCUGUUCCUCCUUUUAAUAUCCUCAGAUGGAUACGCUGUUGUCAAGCACUGUCUCCUUUUAACUGCUACACAGAACACUUACACAACUCAAACACACUUACUGAAGAAGAGAGACACGGAAGAGAAAGGAGCUUUUCUUUGGGUCGUUCUGCGAACCCACAAUGUCGGGUUGGAAGGAGGAAGACCCUCGUAUCCAUGGCAUCAGGAAUAGAAUCCGCGUUGUUCCCAAUUUCCCGAAACCAGGUAUCAUGUUUCAGGACAUCACGACUCUGCUACUUGAUCCUAAAGCGUUCAAGAACGCAGUAGAUUUGUUCGUCGAGAGGUACAAAGGAAAAAAUAUAUCGGUCGUUGCAGGGAUUGAAGCUCGCGGUUUCAUUUUCGGUCCUCCCAUUGCAUUGGCUAUUGGAGCAAAGUUUGUUCCUUUACGGAAACCUAGGAAGUUGCCUGGUGAAGUUAUUUCAGAAGAAUAUGUCUUGGAAUAUGGAACAGAUUGUCUACAAAUGCAUAUUGGAGCAGUUGAACCAGGUGAACGUGCUUUGGUAGUUGAUGAUUUGAUAGCCACCGGAGGUACACUUGGUGCAGCAAUGAAGUUACUUGAGCGCGUUGGGGCAGAAGUGAUUGAAUGUGCAUGUGUAAUUGAACUACCAGAUCUAAAGGGUCGUGAGCGACUGAAGGGCAAGCCAUUGUUUACCCUUUUGGAAUCUCACUAAUGGCGCUUACAGGGUUGCAUUGCUGCUCCGGGUAAUAGUUGCUCGUUCUGUACAUGGGAGGGAGGUUAUUGGUGGUAUCCAUUGCCAACUUUUAGUAUUGUUUCCUGUUUUCCUUUUAAAACAUUAAUAGGUUUUUUUUUUUU